CAACGAACAGAUGACGAAGUUUCUCACACAGAGGAGUUCACAGUUCACAGCGUAGCUGAGAAAGACAGAUAGAUAGAUAGACAUAGAAACCAAAUUAGAGAGAGAGAGAGAGCAGAAAAGUUCACAUUUCAGUCAUUCUUUUCGCGAUUCCGAUUCUUACUAAAUAUAGGUUUCAAGCUAGUCAACAGAAAAAUUCGCAUACUCGGUGUUCCUCUUAGAUUUCUUUUUUUUAGAACUUUUGACAUUCAACCUUCGCACGAAGAAUCGCUAUUGAAAUUUUUAUUAUUCCAUCUACCACUCUGUCACCAGCUUUAUUUUUAGGGGUUUUGCAAUUUCUCCGAGGGUUUUCUUCUUUCUAAUAAAUCCCCCCCUUUCCCCAACUUGCAUGGAAUUUGAAGCACACGCUCCUUCUUCUCCUCCUCCUUCUUAUUCUUAUUCAUUAAGCGGCGUCGUUUUGGACCCUCCUAUUCGUCCUCGACCCCCGACGCCGCCGCCGCCACCUCCACCGCCGUUUCUGCGUAUUGAUCCUUCUUCGGGGGUGCUUGUUCCACCCCCGCAACCUUUCCCUUUCAACCUUUCUCUCAUCUUCUCAAUGGAUCACCAGAGGUCUAUGUCCCUUCUUCAGUUUAUGGCUGAUGAAGGACUUGUUCCUUCUGUGGAAGAGGAAGAGAGAAGGAAGAAUGCUAUUCAGAAGCUCAAACAGAUUGUGUCAACAUGGAUCAAGCAGGUUGCUGUACAACGGCGAUUACCAAAGCAUCAGAUUGCAGCUACAUCUGCCACGGUAUUGACAUAUGGAUCUUAUGGCCUUGGAGUUCACAGUGCUGACUCCGACAUUGAUGCUUUGUGUGUUGCUCCUUAUUUUGCAACCCUUUCGGAAGACUUCUUUGUUGUUUUGCACGACAUGCUUAAAAGUAGGCCAGAAGUGUCGGAGCUUUACUGUGUCAAGAGUGCAAAAGUCCCUCUUAUGCGAUUCAAAUUCGAUGGAAUUUCCAUUGAUCUUCCAUAUGCUUGCUUGAAAGUACUAUACGUUCCUGAGAGUGUUGACAUACUACACCCAUUCUUCUUGAGGAAUAUUGAUGACACCAGCUGGAAAAGCUUGUCUGGUGUACGAGCAAAUAAACGCAUUCUUCAGCUAGUACCAAAUGUUGAGAAUUUUCAAGCUAUGGUACGGUGUCUUAAAUUAUGGGCAAAAAGGCGAGGAGUUUAUGGCACAUUACAUGGUUACUUGGGAGGAGUCCAUUUGGCAAUUCUUGCAGCUUAUGUUUGUCAACGGCAUCCUGAUGCCUCCAUAAAUGCUUUAAUUAUGAACUUUUUCCGAACAUUUGCCUUUUGGUCCUGGCCUUCGCCAGUGACGCUGCAGGAAGGAAUGUUCCUAAAACAACUAGAGAACAUGGAAAUGCGAUCUUUCAUGCCUAUUUUGCUGCCAUCUAGCCCUUAUGAAUUUUGCCAUUCAAAUAUAACCAAAAGCACUUUCUACCGGAUCAGGACCGAGUUUGUACGUGGAUACAAUAUGACAAGGGAUCUUUUGAAGCCAGGUUUCACGUGGGACAAUAUAUUUGAGCUUUUUCCAUACUCAAGAAGGUAUUCCAAAUUUGUCAAGAUUUACCUAUCUACUACCAAUCAAUGUGAGCUUGGCGACUGGGUUGGUUGGGUCAAGUCACGCUUCCGCAGUCUUCUCAUCAUUCUUGAGGGGAUCCAGGGUUUUUGUGAUCCUAACCCUACGGAGUACACUGACCCCGACAAAAGCGAGCCAAGCAUGGUUUUCUACUGGGGCUUGCAAUCUGGAAGGAACAACUACCUGGACAUAGAGUUGGUGGAGGGAGAGUUCAUGAAGGUUAUCAGAAACGGCUGCGAGGGAACUCCCGGUAGGUUGGAGUUGCACCUCCUAUCGCCGUCACAGCUCCCCAAGAAUGCCCAGUUUGAUGAUAGAAGUAUAAUUAUUAAUAACAAAGGUAGAAAAGCAUGCUGGAAAAUGGUUGGUUGUGACAAGAAAAGGAGCCAAGUUUAUCCACAGCAUCAUAUUCAACAUUGCCUUGUUGGUCAUGUCUCAUCUAAUGGGGAGGGUGAAUGCUUAAGUUCUAGUGGCUAGAUCCAUUUAUUUAUUCAUCUGCAAGGUGGAUGUAUAUACCAUUUCCGUCUGUAUUCUUUUUUUCUUUCCUCCUUUUUUCCUCUGACCCCUUUUGUUUUUGGCUUCAGUAGGAGCAUAGGUUCCACAGUUUUUUUUUUUCUGUUGAACUUUUGUAGGGUGGUAUAGUUUGUAUAGUUAAAAGAAGGAAAGGCCAAAAUGUUAGGAGGGUUUGGAGAUUUGUAUUGGAGAAGAUGAAAUGUAAAUUGAAUGGAAUGAAUAAACGCCUUUCAAACUCGCACAGUAGA